AUGGGGUUGGCAGAGCCUAGAAAAAGAGUCAAACUCUCCCACGACCCUCGCAACCUCUCAUGGUCACAAUCCUCCUCCUCCUUCGGCCAGCGCCUCAUGACCAAGCAAGGCUGGAAGGAAGGUCAAUCUCUGGGCAACCGUGACAGCGUGCACCUAGGACUAAACGAUGUUGACCGACUGGCCGCUGCCCGAGUUGGGGUUCUCUUCAAAGACAACAACCUGGGUUUAGGCGCCAAGACGAAGGGCAGGGACGUCGAAGCUCAAAGGCACGGUCUCGAUGCAUUUCAAGGACUCCUCGGCAGGUUGAAUGGGAAGAGCGAUGCGGAGCUGCAAAAAGUAGAGAAGAAAAUCGAAGAUCGAAAACUCGAAAUGUACGCCAGAGGCCGAUGGGGAGGUAUGGUCUUUGUAAGAGGUGGGGUAUUGGUCGGAAGUCUCGAAGACAAAGAGCGAGAGGACAAGCAAGUCGAGCCUGAAAAUGCACCGAAGUCCGAAGAGAAGGACGAGUCUCACACUGAAGAGCGAAGGAUGAAAGAAGAAAAGAGACAACGUAAAGAGGAAAGAAGGAAACGGAGAGAAGAGAAGGCUGCCAGAAAACUGGCGAAAAAGGCGAGGAAAUCGGCCGCGAUGGAAGAGAGUGCAACGGUAACCUCGAAACAACCACCGUCUGUCCGCAGAUCACCCACCACUCAGCCGCCUGAUGAAGCUGUGUCCUCGGCAUCUUCCGAGAAUGAAGUCGAGCGCGCAAGUGCUGCAUCAUCACUCAAACGAAAACUGUCCUCCGAUGGUCACCAAGGCCUAGUAGCAUCAAAGUCGCAGGUUAUUGCUACCACGAAGACGCGGAAUGGCCGCCAUCUGCUUCGAGGUCGAAAUAUCGAGGCAAAGCGAAUGGCUUUCUCGGACAUGAAGGGACUGGAUGAGAUAUUCAUGAGGCCUGGUUGA